AUGGAGGCCCUGCAGAGGCAGCAGGCAGCUCGGCUGGCCCGGGAGGUGGGGCCAUUGGCUCCUCCUCGCCUGCCGCCACCAAGGCCUCCCCUGCCUGGACCCCGGCCCCUGCAGGCCCUUGAGGGGGCCUUGGGGGAGGUUGGGGCUGAGGAAGAGGAAGAAGACGAAGAGGAGGGGAAAGAAGCCGGGGCAGAGGAGGAGGCAGCUGAAGAGAGCUGUCAAGGAGCAUGGGGCCCCUGCUCGCCUACCAGUCAGCCCCCCGGACCUCAUCCUCACGAGUGGACCUAUGAGGAACAGUUCAAGCAGCUCUACGAACUCGAUGCAGAUCCCAAGAGGAAGGAAUUUCUGGAUGACCUGUUUAGCUUCAUGCAGAAGAGGGGGACGCCGGUGAACCGCGUGCCCAUCAUGGCAAAGCAAGUGCUGGACCUGUACGCGCUGUUUCGCCUGGUGACGGCCAAGGGCGGCCUGGUGGAGGUCAUCAACCGCAAGGUGUGGCGGGAGGUCACGCGCGGCCUCAGCCUGCCCACCACGAUCACCUCCGCCGCCUUCACUCUACGUACACAGUACAUGAAGUACCUGUACCCGUACGAGUGCGAGACGCGGGCGCUUAGCUCCCCUGGGGAGCUCCAGGCCGCCAUCGACAGCAAUCGGCGUGAGGGCCGUCGCCAGGCUUAUGGAGCCACCCCGCAGUUCGGCUUGGCUGGUCCGCCCCCUCGGAGCGGUCCUGGCCCCGCCUCAGGUCCUGGCCCUGCCCCGCCAGCGCUCGGGCCUGUCCAGGGCUCCGCCCCCGGCCUCCCGGCGCACGCAUGCGCCCAGAUGAGCCCAAGCCCCGUUAAGAAAGAGGAGAGAGGAAUUCCCACUCAUCGUCUGGCACUGCCUGUGGGCUUGGCCCUGGGACCUGUGCGAGAGAAGUUGGCACCCGAGGAGCCGCCAGAGAAGAAGGCUGUGCUCAUGGGGCCCAUGGACCCACCUCCACCUGGGGCAUCCCCCAGUUUCCUGCCCCGUGGCAAGGUCCCGCUGAGGGAAGAGCAGCUGGAUGGGCCUCUCAGUCUGGCAGGCAGUGGCAUCAGCAGUAUCAACAUGGCCCUAGAGAUCAACGGGGUGGUCUACACUGGCAUCCUCUUUGCCCGCCGCCAGCCUGUGCCAGCUUCCCAGGGCCCAGCCAACACUGCACCCCUGCCCACUACCUCAUCCUGA